ACAUUUGUUAUAGAUACGAUAUAAGUAACGUAAAACUCCGUAUACUCGACACGGUAUUCUUGCAUUUCGCGACGAGUGGAAGUUAGCUUUUUGCUGAAUUAAGUUCGCUUCUCUUGUUGUUUCUUCCUGUCUCAUUACCAUUGUUUUUCCAACCAAGAAAUUCACACAGUGAUCAGAAGUGAAUUGUAUGCGAAAUUUUAGAGCCUACGCACAGUAAAGUUUUACUCGUCAAGCAAGGUCAAUUCUGCACAUUUUUUCGGAAUCUGCUGCACAUUAUUCUAGUGUGCAGUUUUAUUUACCGUGUAUUCUACAAUUGGAUAUUUGUGGGCUUAACCAUGGCGACAGAAAGCCCGAUCUGGCUCAACGCAUCUUACGUGCAGAAGGUUCUACGAAAGACUGAAAAUGAUGAAUCGAUCGAGGUUUCUGAUAUCACCGUAAAAUCCGCGACCGCGAAAGGAGACAAUUAUUUGAGUGCUAUGUAUCGUGUGACAUUUAAAUUUUUGCGGAUCCAAGGUGGACGCAAAGUUGGAGGGGAAAAAUCAAUUAUAGUGAAAACUACAUUCGAAGGCACCUCUUUAGCGGAAUUGAUAGAGGAAUUGGAAGUUUUCCAUACCGAGCUAUCGAUGAUGUCGGUCACAUUGCCGAAAAUGAACGAAAUCUUAUCAAAAGCAUCGUUGCCGCAAUUGGGUGCAGAAUGUCUGUACUAUCAGUACGAGAAGCCAACUCAUAUGAUAGUUGAAGAUCUGGCACCUAAAGGAUUCACGAUGGCUGAUCGCGAAAAAGGUCUCGAUCUAGACCACUGCUUAGUAGCGAUUCGAAAUCUGGCCAGAUUUCACGCAGCUUCAGUUGCACUCGUAGAAAAGGAUCCCGACGCGCUUGCGACGUACAACAAGGGGGUAUUUCGCGAGAACCAGACUCCUUUACUGAUUACUUACCUUAAAGCAUGUGUAAAAUCUCUUGCUAAUGUAACACCUUAUUGGCACGAAUUGAGUCCAAGGAUUUCGGAGAAAAUUAUGAAACUAUCGGACGUCGUAUUCGCCAAGGGAUGCGAAGCUGCCCACUUUCGAGAAGACGAAUUUACUGUUCUCAACCACGGAGAUUUUUGGAUAAACAAUAUGAUGUUCGUCUACGACGAACGGCGUGUACCUGUUAAUUGUAUAUUCGUGGAUUUCCAAAUAUGUCACCGUGGCUCACCAGCAAACGAUAUUUUAUAUUUUAUUGGUACAAGUCCGAGUGACGAUGUCCGAGUUUUACACCGAGAAUUGCUUCUACACGAGUAUCACGCCUCGUUGGCCGUUGCCAUGAGGAAUAUGAAUUGCAGUACGAAAGUACCGAGCUUUGAAAAUCUCCAAGAGGCGUUGAAGAAGCGAGCUUUUUUGGAAGUGAUUGCCAACAUGAUAUCACUGCCGAUUGUUUCAAUUGAAAAAGGAACGGACCUCGACAUUUCAAAGAUCGCGGGUUCAGCGGAUAAAAGCAGUCAUUCAGGUUACCAUAGAAAGUCGUACAAGGAAAUCAUGAUCAGGGUUCUGCCACUGUACGAUAGCUUAGGAUUAUUGGAUGUGUAAGGACGUUUCAAAUCCACUGUACAUUUUACAAUUAAAACAGAAUAUCGACAUGUAA